UCUCAACUCGUCGUAAAUUCUCCUUGUGGGGUGUUGGCGUUAGAAUUUAGAUUGAUGCAACUCCACAUUCCAUCAAUUGUAAAGUAACUAUACGAUGUUUUACCGGUUCAUGUGCAAUAUUCGAUAAUGGCAGAAGAAGAAUUUGAAGAAAAGGAGUACCGUUGGGAAACUGGUUAUGAAAAAACAUGGGAAGCAAUUAAGGAAGAUGACCAUGGUCUGUUGGAAGCUUCUGUCGCAGAUAUUAUUCAUAAUGCCAAGAGAAAACGUCAAUUGGAAAGAAAACAGGGUGCCAGAUUAGGAAUGAUGAGGCAUCUUUAUAUCAUUUUAGAUGCUUCGGAGUCAAUGUCGAAUCAAGAUUUGAAACCAACUCGUUUUCUGUGUUCUCUAAAGCUCCUAGAAGAUUUUAUCGAAGAAUUUUUCUAUCAAAAUCCUAUAAGUCAAUUAGGUGUAAUUAUAACUAGAAAUAAAAGGGCUGAGAAAGUUAGCGAUUUGGCUGGUAACUCAAAGAAGCACAUUAAGGAAUUGCAAAUUUUGCAACAAACUGUAGUAGGCGGUGAACCUUCUUUGCAAAAUUCUUUAGAAAUGGCAACAAAGUUAUUGAAAUUAUUACCGUCGCACGCUAGUAAAGAAAUAUUGGUAAUAAUAGGGGCUUUGACUACAUGCGAUCCUGGAGACAUCAACGAAACAAUAAGAAAUAUGAAAUUGGACAGCAUUAGAUGUAGCGUAAUAGGAUUGGCCGCUGAAUUAUAUAUCUGUAAACGAAUGGCAAACAUUACCGGUGGCGAACAUAGUGUUGCGCUCGAUGAUAAACAUUACAAGGAGCAAUUGAAUGCACAUAUAGAUCCUCCGCCUGCUGCAACGCGAUUAGAUGCAGCGCUUGUGAAAAUGGGAUUUCCUCAUCACGCUCUACACUCUAACGCGCCAGAUACAUCUAUAACAAUAUGUAUGUGCCACGCACACAAUUCUGAUGAAACGGUUAAAUUUAUGACUACCGGCUACCUUUGUCCCCAGUGCCUCAGUAAACAUUGUGAGUUACCUGUGGAAUGUAGAGCUUGCGGUCUUACUCUAGUAUCCGCUCCACAUUUAGCCCGAUCGUAUCACUAUCUAUUUCCUGUUGAUCCUUUUAAAGAAAUUGCACCUGAUAGUGAUUAUACUAUCUGCUUUGGUUGCCAAAAAGCUUUUGCUCAAAAGGACAAAAAGGUAUAUACCUGCGGAAAAUGUAAUCAAAUGUUUUGUUUAGACUGUGAGAUUUUUAUUCAUGAGAUAUUGCACACGUGUCCUGGUUGUGCAAUUAAUCCUGAAACAUAUAAAAAAAGAGAGUCUACAGACAGAUCUUGAAAUGAUAUACUUGAAAAGUACACUUAUUUAUAUAGGAAGAAAAUUUGUAUAAAUACAUACGAAUAUUGCGAUAAAGUAGAUGCAUUUGCUUGCG